AAAUCGCGAUAAAUCAUGUGAAAUAUUAAAACACUGAGACGCAUAGAUUCGCAGUUUUCGUUUCGAAUAAGAGUAUAAUAAUUAUAUGCGCAAGUUAGGUGAUUCAUUGAAAACUUCUCAAAAGCGGGCAAUGGAAGCACUCUCCUAAGUCAAGCACUUCAUUAGCUGCAAGACUACUACAUAGCCCUUGGCGUUUCCAUAAUCUGUUGGCAUGUAGACGAUUGCAUGAGGUUUUCUUCUGUGUAAUAGUUAGCGAAUCGAAGGAUGUAUAACAUCAGACAGGGUCAUAGGAAUCGUCUUAAAACAGAAAUCAUCAUAGAAUUCAUCGUGUGAUUGGUUGACUGUCGAAUGUCAUCAUCCCUUUCUUACCUUAAUCUUGGUCAAAUCACCAGUCAAUCAGAGUAUUAAUUUGUCGCCAACGUUAGCUGAAUCGCCUACUAAUCAGAACAAUCCAUUUCCGCUGCCCUUGGCGGAUUUUAUUGUGUUGACAAAAGAUAUAUAAAUAUGACUAGUGAUUCCCUAGUAAAAUUGUAUCCUAACAGUCACACAGGUCAUUCUUUUGUUCUCCUAUUUACUUGGCUCAGUGAACCGCAAGGUAGCACGGGUGAAUACAUGUACUUAUCAGAUUAGCUGAGUUGCUCAUUGCGUUGGUAGUACCGUACCCACGUGUAUGAGUCCACUUGGUCAAACCAGGUGUCAACGCUAUCAUAUCAAUUGGCGACAAGUUCAUUUCAACUGGCAACAUAAAUCAUACAUAACACAGUGGAAUCCAAAGCAACUCUGAUAAUAAGUUAACAGGAUCACCCCAACAUUAUUCAUACAAAAUCAUUUAAUUCAUGAAUGUUUAUUCUUAAUUUCAUGUUCUUUUUUAUCAAUCAUAUAUCCGAUAUAGACAUUCCCUGAUUUCUCUUCAUUUCAGUGGGCUUGUUGAGGCGAUAGUGUUGGUUCUCUUCUUCACAUUAGAUACGACGGGAACAAAAUUUCCAUUAGAUUUAUUCUUUCUGAUGUUACAUACGAUAUUAGCAUCUGUACUCACAGGAAUACCGUACAUUGGGAAAACGCUUACAUGGGGACUUAUAGUGACGGGAUCAGCUGUGGUGUUGUACAUCUUACUAAUCACAAUCGGCGCAACACUACCAAUUGAUCUGUACCCUUAUUACACUGCAUUUGCCAUAAACCAUUUUACUGUCAUGCUUUUAACUUUAGCUGUUUCAAUUGGUGUCCACUAUGGGACAGGACUUGAUAAAUUGGCACUGGCAAUUGUCAGCAUCGGAUUCACUGCAUUAGUAAUCCUUUGUGUUUUACUUUGGGGUCAAGCAGCAUUGGGUAGACCACAGUUCAGAAUAGUUAAUGACAAUUACUACUUGGCUGCAUUCUGUGUGCAUCUGACGCUCAUCCUUCUGCUGUCAGCCAUCAAUAUUGGAAUACCAUAUUUGAUAUUGGACAAAGUA